AUGGAAAGGAAUAUCAUGGUCGAGAAGAUUCGAACCGCUCCAGGAACUCCAAUCUUUUCUGGCGAACAGCCAAGCCUUUCAAUCGCAACGUCUUCCCUGGACUACCACUCGCUGGAGAGUGACGUCUUGUACAAUGCAGACCCAGAAAGACGCUGGAUUGAGGCAACGAUCGUCCUUUCCGAUAAAGCCAAGUGCAAAGACGAGACAUUCAUGAAGACCAUAUUUUAUGGUACAGUCUAUUUUCUAUGCCAUCAAAAACAAACCCCGCAAAGACCAACAUGUGAUACCAUCCUUCCUCUGGAUGGUAAUCCUCUAGCUGAUGGAACAACACUUGCUAUCCUUCAAAGUCGGGUUGAUGCUGCCAUACUGACCAUUCGGCUUGAUGAUGAAAGUGCCAGCAGUGACCGUACCCGGAUUACUGAAAUCAACAAAGUGCUUGAUGAAGGAAAUGCUAGAGCAAUUGGAGGAAUCACUAUCAGGCCCAACUAUGCAACAUUCCGAUGGAGGAUCGAAGACUCUGUAGGGGACGGAUUUCCCAAUAUGAAUUUUGAUAAGGAGGAAAGAGCUAAAAAUAGACAUUGA